AUUGCCAUGGGAGAAUAAGUUGACGGCUAUAGCCCCUCCCUCUCCACCUCCUAUCAUGCAUGGAGUAGAUCGUGUCAUAUCACGUUUAUAGGCAAAAAUUUUCGGAAAACUGCUGCUGAGCCGGCCAAACGACUUGUAGUAUCAUUAUAUAUUGUAUACACAAGCAGAUAACUCUAUUUUCUUUUAUUUCUUGAAAGUUGUAAUGUAUCUGAACGUGAACAUUGUCACCGUUGCAUUUGAGUUUUGCCCUUGUCAAGUGAAACAACAACCUGUUUGAAUUUAAACAAGCUCGUUGUAUUAGCUUGUAUUGUUUGUUGUAGUUGAUUACCAAGUGCAUCGAAUUCCCACCUACUUAGCAACGAUUCGGGUAUUUAAGUAAAUUUUGAAGAAAAAAAAAAAAAACGAAUAUUCUGUGAAGUGUGUGUGAGUGUGUGUGUGUGCGCGCGCGCGCGUGCGUAUAGUGUUUUACCAAGAAAUGAAAGGAUGUCCUACCAAGUGGACAUUAAAACGAAAAACAGCUUCCAAGAUUUAUGAAAAUAAACGGCAGUGUCUCGUAUGGCUACUGCCGCCGCUGAGCAAUAAUAAUAAAUAUCCAAGCAGGGCAAAGGUAAAUCCUAAAUUUCCGACCAUCUUAUACUUUGGAUAGGCGUAUUUUCAUACAUGUGUAUACACUCACAUGCAUACAUGUUAAACUCAGAGCCAAGGACUGGACUGUUGGAGAAGAAACUUAAGUUGCUGGUGUGUAACGUAUACUUUAGUUUUCGGUCAAUUCAAGAAAGCACCCAUCUCUCUGUGUCUUAUUCGCAUUCUUCUAUGAUGAUUAUUGGCCAUCGUCGGUAAUAACGAUCAAGUGCGCGAGUCACGAGGAGAUUGAAAUGGUCGAGCUAAGCGGGAACAGCGCUAGCGGCCAGUCGCAGCUGCAGCAUCAUCAUUAUCAGCAUCAGACGACGGGCGGCUCGGGCGUGACGACAGUGAUGGGACCGGCUCCGGUGGCUGCCUCCUCGGGCUUGUCCUUUACGUCGGGGCGCGCGGGUCUUCUCGAGACCCAGGUGCGCGGCCAGUGGUACAGGGUCUUCGUGUCCCUCGAGGAGGACUAUCUGAGCAUCUCGCUCGACGAGAGCUGCGACAGCAUGGUCGCCAGUGGUGUCAGUAGCAGCAGCGUCAGUUGCCUGACUGGCACGGGUACCAGUAGCAACGGCUUCAACAAUGGCAACGUCCAGGGUGCACCAAGUGCCAGUGCCAGUUGCACCGGCAGCAGCAGCAGCAACAACAACAACGACAGCUUGGGCGAUCCAGACGUGCCGGACUCGGUGGCAAACCAAAAGCGCACCGUGCGCGUCGUCAAAAGUGACAACAAUGGCUUGGGCAUCUCCAUCAAGGGAGGCAAGGAGAACAAGAUGCCCAUCCUCAUAUCCAAGAUAUUCAAGGGCAUGGCCGCCGACGCGACCGAACAGUUAUACGUGGGCGACGCGAUACUCGCUGUUAACGGCGAAGAUCUUCGCGAGGCUACCCACGACGAGGCGGUCAAGGCGCUCAAGAGGGCAGGCAAGGUCGUCGAGCUCGAAGUAAAGUACCUGCGCGAGGUGACGCCCUAUUUUCGCAAGGCCUCCAUCAUUCAAGAGGUUGGCUGGGAGCUGCAGCGCGGCUUUCUCAGCGCAGCACCACCGCCACCCAAGUCGCCACCUCGGGCUGAUACACGCUACUUGCCCCUUCAGCUGUGUCGGCUUACGCGGGCGCACCCGUCAUCCGAUCUCGAAGGCCGCGUGCUCGAGCUACACUCACCGGAUGGCGUUCACGAGUGCUGGCUAAGAGCCACCGAUACGGCUGAGGCCAAUGUCUGGUUCAACGCGCUACACUCUGCCCUCGCUGCGCUCACCCUCAAAGCACUCCGACUAGCAUCUGCUCUACACGAUCCCCCACAGCUUCAGCAUAUCGGGUGGCUCGCCAGGAGACACUGCGCACAGAAUGGCCGAGCAAGCAGCGAGAGCAGCGAGGAUGGAGCGGGCAGCAGCGCGAGCACGUCUCGAGGAGCCGGGAGCAGCUGUGCGGGUGGCUGGCGUAGCGUCUUUGGCGCCGUGUCCGGCAGAGAGCUCAGGCUGUACGAGUGCGCCCCGUGGAGUCCCGAGGCCUGGGCGUCGCCCAGCAUUACAUGUCCCCUCAUUGCUACGAGGCUGGUCUCGUCACCCGCAAAACAACAGAACGAGGCCUCCGGCGGCUGCUCAAACGCCGCGUCACAGUACGGCGCGACCUUCGCAGUACGCGUAGGCACGAUCGAUGGCGUCAUAACGCACAAUUUGAGGGCAGAGACCAGGAGGGACCUCGCCGCUUGGGCCAGGGCGAUAGUCCAGGGCUGCCACACGGCUGCUCACUCUCUCAGGGAGUACACCGUUCGCUGCUCGUGGCAGGGCAGAGCUUGCCAGCUGGUGGUCCACCACGAGGAGGGCUUCGCCCUGUACGCGGCGGGCACGCGAGGCGUGGCGGGCAACGGAGCGAGUCCCAGCUCGCCCCCUACGGCCCUUUGGCGGCGACCCUUCGACAAGCUCAGGAUGUCCGCGGACGACGGCGCUCGGCUGCUCUGGCUCGACUUUGUUGGCGACGACGCCGAAAUCGAACUGGACUUGGAGAGCUGCCCAAAGCCAAUAGUCUUUGUUCUGCACAACUUUCUCUCGGCAAAGAUCCACCGGCUUGGACUGAGCGCAUAGGGGUACGAGGGGGCCCCGACCGAGGCCCCCGACCUACCCCCCCAUACCACCCGAUCCGUCACCAGCGUCUUUCUCCACUGAAUUUCUGCGCUGCGCCACCCGUCUACCCCCUCCCUCGACACUUUCGCCCUCAAUAUCUAAAUUUUUAUCCAAACGAAAGCUAGGAGAGGCGCUUUGCAGCAAACAUUUUUAAAUUAUCAUCAUCAUCAUUGAAUUAUGAAAACGUAUCUUCUACGGUGGGCAGCUGUGCGGUGUGGCAUAAUUGAAAAUUUAAUCUAGUGGGUAUAUAUAUAUAUAUAUGUGUGUGUGUAUAUAUGUGUGUGUACACCGUAUGCAUGUACAUGUAUAUGUAUGUACUUGCUCACUAUUGUCAUACCAUACCAUAACCACCACGUGAAGAAAGUAUGAGCAUGUGGCGCGCGAGUGCGACAAAAUAAUAAAGUAAUCAAGUAUUUAUAGAUUGAGUGUGCGUGAGUGUCCGGAACAAAGGGCAUCACCGAUAAUCGAAUCGACCGAAGCCAUCCAAGAUAUUGAGUUGAGAGUAUUGUUGUAGGAAAUUUGUUGUAGUAAGCAUAGAUGUACGUCAUAAGGCAAAUAAAAAAUUUAAAAAAUAUUAAAAAUAAAAGCAAAAAAAAAAAGUGGACGUGUCGCGUGAAAAGUGAAAUGAAGAGUGCUAUAGCUGCUUCAUGUAUAUUAAUCAUCGACACCGAGUGGCCGAGAAUUUAGAGCGGCCAUGCAGAGAAGACUCAUGCUGUGCAUAAUAUUCAGUAUUGCGCUAUACGAAGCCAAGAAGAAUGUGACUGAAAAAAUGAAGCGAACAAAAGGUUUAGGUAACGUAAUGCGAUAUUGACGUUUGACGUAUCGAAUACCACGAGCCUAAUGAUGUAUGUGUGUGUAUGUGUGUAGUUAAAAACGAUACUUUGCGCGUCGAACUAGUAUUAUACAAGUAAUUAAUUAUUAUUACUAUGGAUACUCUGAGGAAUCAAUAAUGCUGUAUCUUAAGAUCUUAAGGUUAGAGGGGGCUGGGGAGCAGCCUAUGCCAUUAGUUUUUUAUAAUGCAUACGUACAUAAACUCUUGCGUACAAAAUAUCUUUAUCUAAAUUUGUGUACCUCUUAUCACCCGAUGCCCCGAUCUAAUAAUCUAGCAGGCAGGUCUUUGUUAAAAAAAAAAAAAAAAAAAA